AUGGCAUCCAUAGUCGAUGAAUCUUAUUCAUCUCGCCAAGAUGUAUAUGACGCACUUCUCAACACAUUGUUUCCGAUCACUUUUGUAAUUUUGUUUAAUAUUUCCAGAUAUAAAAGUGAAGAACCCAGGAAAAAUGAACAACCCAUAUCAAAUGAAAAAUCUAAGGAAGAUGAAGAAUCUAUAUCAAGUAAAAAUUCCAAGGAAAAUAAUGGAUCUGGAAAAAAUGGAAUACCUAGGGAUAAAUUUCUCUCGAAAGUAAAUCUUCUACCAAUAUUAGAUGACCUACUAUACAACGCAGUCACUUGGUAUCUGCACUAA